CCCUGAACCUGGGAAACAAAACAAAACACAGCUGAACUAAGAUAGGGGGAGGGCAAGUGCUGGGCGAGUGUGAGUUUCCUGCACAGAAACUCUCUGACUUCAGAGGGGAGGGUUCUGGCAACCUUACUUCUCAGCCGCCUGGGCUGAUUUCUCCCUCCCUCUGCUCCCUCUUCCAUCUGCGGGUCCAGACCUGUGUACGCAAGCCCAAGCCCCAGACUGAGCCUGACCGUGCUGCUGCUGCUGCUGCUUUGACGCCGGCAGCUGGAUCCUGCCUCCCCCGCCCUAAGGAGACAUCAGUAAGGACUGACCUUUGCCACUGCCUAGCUGGGUCCACAGACCAGAAGCCAAGUGACCAAGAGGCAGAGUGACUUCACUUCUGUUUUAUCCUGAGAGGAGACCCAAAGGAGAAGACCCCAAGAGGCCAUGAACUCUGCCAUCACCAGCUGUGAGCACCCUGACCCCUUGAGGGGUGAAGGCGUUCUCAUCUUCCAUGACGCUGGCCAAGGGAGGAAGAAGGAGGGCCAGAAUGAGAGUCCCAGCAGCACCCGCCUGGCCUAUGGCAUCUUGGACAUCCCACCAUGGUAUCUCUGCAUCUUCUUGGGGAUCCAGCACUUCCUCACAGCCCUGGGGGGGCUCGUGGCAGUGCCGCUCAUCCUGGCCAAGGACCUGUGUCUGCAGCAUGACCCCCUCACCCAGAGCUACCUCAUCAGCACCAUUUUCUUCGUCUCUGGCAUCUGCACUCUCCUGCAAGUGUUUUUAGGAGUCAGGCUGCCCAUUCUCCAGGGAGGGACAUUUGCUUUUCUGGCACCCUCCCUGGCCAUGCUGUCUCUUCCCGCCUGGAAGUGUCCCGAGUGGACACUCAACGCCAGCCAAGUGAACACCAGCUCUCCGGAAUUCACGGAGGAAUGGCAGAAGAGGAUCCGAGAGUUGCAGGGCGUCAUCAUGGUCGCUUCCUGUUUCCAGAUGUUCGUGGGCUUCUCGGGACUUCUCGGCUACCUCAUGCGCUUCAUCGGCCCCUUGACCAUCGCGCCGACCAUCUCCCUGGUGGCCCUGCCUCUCUUCGAUUAUGCGGGCAAUGAUGCCGGGGCCCACUGGGGGAUCGCCGCCUUGACCAUCUUCCUCAUCACGCUGUUUUCUCAGUACCUGAAAAACACCGCGGUGCCCGUGCCCAUUUACGGACGGCAGAAGGGGUGUCACAUCUCUAAGUUCCAGCUGUUUCAGGUCUUCCCUGUACUGCUGGCGCUCUGCAUUUCCUGGCUCCUCUGCUUCGUGCUCACGGUGACCAACGCCCUCCCCUCGGCCCCCACGGCCUAUGGGUACCUGGCCCGCACCGACACCAAAAGCCACGUGCUGAGCCAGGCCCCUUGGUUUCGCUUCCCUUACCCAGGACAGUGGGGCCUCCCCACCAUCAGCCUGGCUGGGGUCUUUGGGAUCAUCGCUGGGGUGAUCUCCUCGAUGGUGGAGUCUGUGGGCGAUUAUUAUGCCUGUGCCCGGCUGGUGGGAGCCCCACCCCCUCCAAAGCACGCCGUCAACCGCGGCAUUGGCAUUGAGGGCCUGGGCUGCCUCCUGGCAGGGGCCUGGGGGACGGGCAACGGCACCACCUCCUACAGCGAGAAUGUUGGGGCACUGGGAAUCACCAAGGUGGGGAGCAGGGUGGUGAUCGUCGCCGCUGGCUGUGUGUUGCUCCUGAUGGGCUUGUUUGGGAAGGUCGGGGCUGCAUUUGCCACCAUCCCAUCCCCCGUGAUCGGAGGCAUGUUCCUGGUGAUGUUCGGGAUCAUCUCUGCCGUGGGGAUUUCCAAUCUGCAGUACGUGGACAUGAACUCGUCCAGGAACCUGUUUGUCUUCGGCUUCUCCAUCUUCUGUGGGCUCACCAUUCCCAACUGGGUGAACAAGAACCCUGAGAAGGUGCAGACAGGAAUUCUCCAGCUGGACCAGGUCAUCCAGGUGCUGCUGACCACGGGCAUGUUCGUUGGUGGAUUUCUUGGCUUUCUCCUGGACAACACCAUCCCUGGGAGUCAGGAGGAGAGAGGCCUCGUGGCGUGGAAUCAAAUCCAGGAGUCUUCGGAGGUGACGAAAGUCUUGGAGAUCUACGGCUUCCCUUGUGGGAUUGGCACCCAGUCGCUCGCUCCCUCCUGGACCCGGUGUCUCCCCUUCUGGCCCAGACUGGAAGGCGGUGGGAAAGAAGGGGUGGGAAAGAGCGAGCUCACACUCUGCUCCCAGGAUCCCUCAGGAGAGCGUCCCAGGGGAGCCCCGGAAACCAGGAUGUGAGGCUGUCUCUCCUGACGUGUCCCCAAGUCCUCUCCACCCACCCCCACCCCAGGAUGUGCUGCGUGCAUGCACAGGUGGGGACCACACCCUCCUGAGCACCUCCAUUGGCCUGUCCACCUCGGCGGCCAGAUAAGUAUUAAAUGAAGACCAUGACAAGCAU